UUCCCCGACUGGCAGUCUGUCUGUGUGCCUCUCCCGAGGUAGUGAGGGAGUACGGAGAACGAGAAAAGGAAGCAAGACACGUCUAUUGUAUGAGAAUUCGGCCCUUUUCUACGGAUGAGCGAGUGCUCCCUGCAGUUCACUGUUGGCUUAUAUGAUACCCUCUUUUAUACGCUGUACUUAAUGGGCAGCAGUGUCAGACUCGUUUAUGCGGCCUUUGGGGUAACCGCUUCUUCUGAAUCCCAGAUUACGGUUGUUUAGUGGCAUGCACAGGCCUGUGUGGAGCAGAUGACACUGAGAGACAACAAGCUGUGCCCUAAUGAGGUUGGUGUUGGAGGUUGGUGGAGCUUGAUAGAGGAGGUGGCUAUAUAUACGUUUUUCAGGUAGUCAAUUAGUUUUGGUCAUUAGUGUUGAAAUGAGGAGGUUUACUUAAUGAACAGAUAAGGCUUGGUGUUAUACUUAAAGUACUUUUCAGUAAUUUCAGUAAAGUAAAUUUUUGUUGUGGUAAAUUAUAAUGUUGCAGCUUACACACUAAAAUUAUAUGUGAAAAAUAUCUUUACAUAUUUAAUCUAAUAGUUAAAGAGCUGUUACAUGACAUAAUUAAUGUACCAUACUUGUACUUUUUGAAAUGAUCAACUCAUCUACAGCUCUGUUUAUCAUUCUGCACAGAUUACUUUGCAUCUUAUUACUUUAACAAACUGAAGUUUUAAAUUGUAGCAUCAUAUUCAAGUUAUUUAGCAUGUCUUUGCAAAAAAAGGAAUACAGAUAUACAUUUGCAAACAUUUGAAUGGUAGUAUGGUAGUAAUAAGUAAUAGUAAUAAGGCUGCUUAGGUUUUGAUUUUGAGUGAUUUUGGGGUGUUUCUUAGAAAAUUGUUGUGUGAAAAUAGUGUUUUGGUACUGGCAGGGAGACAGGGUUCCGGUGCAGUGUUGGUGUCAGGUCAGUGUCAGUGAUUGGAGUUGCAUGUUGAGGCACAUCCCACUGUAGUACAGUGUUGACAGACCCUGGAGCCUGGCCAGUCUUGGUGUGCGCUGGCUGCAGAGCAGUAGUGGAGCAUUUGAUGGGAGGGAAACCUGAGAGUAGGCCUGAGCUGCUAACCCGGUACGGGCGACAGCUGCACGGGGUGAGUUACGAUGUGAACGGACGAAGCUCUCUCCGGACAGAGAAAGAGAGCCAGGGAGACAGAGAGCGAGAGAGGGGAAGAGAGCAACAGCGAGCUCGAGCGAGAGAGAGGGCAGCAGGUGCAGGGACUCUUGGCCUGGGUCGGCCAGAAGGAGAGCAGCCAGCCGCUGGAGCCAGCAGCAGCUGGAGCCAAAAGGAGAGGAGACCCAAGCCAUCGCAGACCAUUGUUCGGGGAAACAGGCCACCCAAAGAUGCUUCCAUCAACGGCCUGCUGGAGGAGUUUGACAGCAUUUCUGUGACACGCUCCAACUCCCUACGCAAGGAGAGCCCUCCAGGAGCGCACCAGGCUGGAUCCAGCAAGCAGCCCUCCGUUGCCUCGGCUAAUGCCAGCAGCAGCGGUGGCCCUGAGGAGAACGGCUUUGGUCAUUACUAUGCUCGCUAUUCCUGCGACCUGGACAGCAGCAGGGAGUUCUCUCUGGACCCGUACCGGGAUAAGGGUGGCUACGACGGAGAGUGGGCUGUGGGACGCCACUACCGCUUCUCUGUCAAGCAGAACGGACAUCCUGUUCGCAGUCCCUUUUACCCGGAUGCCAUGCCCCAGAAGGCCUCGGACUAUGCCAAGAUGCCACCGGACUACCACGCCUACUUGGAAAGCAAGGUGCACCUCUCUGCAGACGAGAUGGGUGCCAGAGGAAGCAGGGACUACUACAGGGCCUCUCUAGGUGGGUCCAGUCAGGAUUACCUGGGCACACCGUCCAGGGCUUCUCUGCACAGCGAGCAGAUGAGCUACCAGGAUGGAGACUGGGUAGGCGGGGCCUACGGUCCUGGCCUGAGGGACGACUAUGAGAAAAGACCUAAGUCAUCAUACAUCUCCCAGACCAGCCCCCAGCCGGCCAUUCGCCAGCGCUCCAGAUCAGGCUCGGGCCUUCAGGAGCCCAGCUUGCCCUACGGCAUCAGUGCCUUCAAGGCUGCACCACAGGGCCCCUAUAGCUCUUACACCUACCCGCGCCUGUCCGAAAACACCUCCCCUUCCCAGAUCAUCGGCAAGAGUGACUAUGACAGGAUGUCACGGGAUGGGAGUCCACAAGUGCCGGGGGCUGAAACGUACCCCCGCGGCCCACUUAAACUACCUCAGAGCCACACCAAGCCCGGCUACCCGCCCAGCUUUCAGUACCCACCUGCCUUUCACUACAAACCCUCACCCUACCACCACCCCCCAACACAGCCCAGCCCUCCAUACACCCCGCAGGGAGCGCACUCCCAGCCCUCUUCACCUUACAUCCCACCUGGAGCGUACCCCCCGCCCAGCUGGGGCUCUUCUUCCGAGCAGCCGCCUUCUCGGGUCUCUCACGAGCAGUUCCGGGCGGCGCUGCAGCUUGUGGUCAACCCUGGUGACCCACGAGAGUACCUAGACAACUUCCUGAAGAUCGGAGAGGGCUCUACUGGCAUUGUGUGCAUUGCUACAGAGAAGCAUAGCGGUAAGCAGGUGGCCGUGAAAAAGAUGGACCUGAGGAAACAGCAGAGACGUGAGCUGCUCUUCAAUGAGGUGGUGAUUAUGAGAGACUACCAUCACGAGAACGUGGUGGACAUGUAUAACAGCUACCUGGUGGGGGAUGAGCUCUGGGUGGUGAUGGAGUUCCUGGAAGGCGGAGCGUUGACAGACAUUGUGACACACACAAGGAUGAACGAGGAGCAGAUUGCCACGGUGUGUCUGUCUGUGUUAAAAGCCCUCUCGUACCUCCACACGCAGGGCGUCAUCCACAGAGACAUAAAGAGCGACUCCAUUCUUCUUACUAGUGAUGGCAGGAUAAAGCUCUCUGACUUUGGCUUCUGUGCCCAAGUCUCAAAAGAAGUUCCAAAGAGAAAAUCCUUAGUUGGCACACCGUACUGGAUGGCACCUGAGGUCAUCUCCAGAUUGCCGUACGGCACUGAGGUGGAUAUUUGGUCUCUGGGGAUCAUGGUAAUAGAGAUGGUGGACGGAGAGCCACCCUAUUUUAAUGAGCCUCCACUGCAGGCCAUGAGGAGAAUACGGGACAACCUCCCUCCUCGGCUAAAAGAAUCGCACAAGGUAUCGUCAGUGCUCCGGGCGUUUUUGGACCUGAUGUUGGUGAGGGAACCUUCACAGCGCGCUACGGCACAAGAACUCCUCCAGCACCCCUUCCUCAAGCUCUCAGGCCCCCCCUCCUGCAUAGUGCCUCUGAUGAGGCACUACCGGCACCGCUGAGCUCUGGCCAACAGGGCGGCGUCUAAACCCCACCUAGUACAGCAUACCAAGAUACCCGAUCGAUCAUGUGUUAACUUGUGGAUAAAAAGACACUGGCACCUGUAACCGUACGUAGUUUAGAUAAAACAAAAGCAAACGAGAGCAUCUAUUAAUACAAAACAGUAAAUAAACCGAGAACACCACAGCGAGGUGGAUAUAUUACGGCCUCCAGUAGCACCGCUGGCUCCAGCGGUUGGUGUUCGACUCCGAGUCUUUAUUAGACAGCUAGUGAAACUCUGUGGGGGUGAUGUGUCUGGUGCAGUUUCCCAUCUAGAGUCGUGCUGUAGUAGCUGCAGACUAAAGCUUAGGGCAGGGCAGUGUGACGCAGCGGUCAGACAGCCAGGCCGAGGAGCUCACGGGCCGCAGGUGAUGGAUGGCCGCUGGCCCGAGCCGGAGGAGCACUGAAGACGGUGUAUUCAGAGAGAGAUAACAGGGUGGAGAUGGAGGGGAGGGCCGUGCGCUAGAUUUAACUUUGGAUAGAGGUCGCUAGGCUGUUACACUACAGAGGGACAGACGUCUUUUUUCACGUUUUUUUUUUUUUUCUCACACUAACAAUUAAAAAAUGUAUUUUAGAGGAAUUGUACGUUUUUUUCUGUACAGUUUUGAUAAUCGGCAGUAUUUUGUUGUGAUGUAACCAUUGUGAUAUGGGCAGUAUUACAUAGAAUCGAAGAGUUUCUGCGAAAGAUCUUUCCUACUGUUUAUAAUCCAUUUUUGACUAAGAGAUAAAAAAAAGAAUAUCCUCACUUAACACACCCUUAACUGUUGAAAAAAAAAAACCUGAAUAUAUUUAUUUAUCCUACAUUUGUAGAUAGAACUUCCAGUUGGAGAGCGAAGAGCGGUGUUGCCAGAAUUUUGUAUGCUGUUUUAAAGUAUUGUUUAUUUUUGAACUGAAGGAUUAUUUUUCAGUAGUGUGGCCUUUUUUCAUUUUUGUUCU